AUGUUAUUGACAGAUACAUUUUCUGCAGCCCAUGAUAAUUUAAUUAAAAACAAUGGAACGCCUGGAUUAUGGUUUGCGCACACAGCAGACUAUUGUGAAACACCGCCAAGACCACGUGUACGACUCGAUGCAGUCGAGAUAGCUAAUCGCAAUAAAAAGCAUUUAACUACAGCUGAAAUAAGUGGAUUUGUAAGUAGUCGAACUGACUGUGGUGGUGAAGAUCCGACUGAUGAAACCAGUAGCGAUCAAAAACGACAGUUACGACUACGAACAUCAGAAGCAUUGAGUAUUGCAGAGAAAUCAAAAUCACAAAGUGAUAAAUGGUAUGAUUUUGCUGAUAAUUUAAACUACAAACCGAUAAUUAAGCCACGUCGAAUAGGAGCAGGAGAACUUGGAAAGGCAAUUUUAGAGAAUAUGACACAAGAAUGUGAUUGGUUCAAGCAUAAAUCAUUUGAUGGAGCAAAUACUGGAAUAAAUCCUGAUCGUAGAAAAUCAUCAAUAUCAUCCAGUUAUAGUCGACGUAAUGAAGUGAAUAAUUGGUUUGCACAUCCACAACCAAAGCCAAGCGAGAAGUUGGAUGAGAAUACAACAAGUUUACCGACACGUUUGAGAGUACACCGUGAAGGCAUAGAAUAUUCAUUAAAAAAUCGAGGCUUAGAUGAUUUACUAACUAUGAAAAUGUCUCCGGCUGAAAUGCAAAACACAAUUCCAUAUGGAUGUCCAACUGAAGAAGCUCAAAAUAAUGCAAUUUGGUCAAAAACAGGAACUUCUAUGGCAUUGUGUUUAGGCAAACAGGCAAGUAAUCAGACCGCACAAGCACUAGAUAAUAUUGAUUCUUCUGUCAUCCGGCCACGUUCUGCAGCUGUUCGUGGUUCUGAUGCUGAAAAAUGGCGACAACUUGGUCGAGAUGGAUAUAUGGGAAGUUCUAUGUUCUUAGGAACGAAACAAGAUCCUCCAAGCACUGCAGCUCAUCGUGUACGGCCAGACGGUGAAAGUAUUCAAGAAAAGUCACUAUCUGGUUAUCAAAUGAUGAAUUGUUUAAAUAUGUGUAAAGACAAUGACAAAAAUGAAAAUACUGUCGAUGAUAAAGACAACAGUGCAUAUGCAGGUUUUCGUCUAAGAACGAUAGAAGCUCUUGAAGCUAUGAAACGAAAUCAAGGCCAAAUGUCCGACUACUUGGGCAAUGGAGCCUGUUCGGUUACACUACCAUACAGGAGAAAAUUUCAAGUUCGCUCUCUAAGAGGCUCAGAAGCACAAGAAGCUGCUAUGAAUCAUAAAGGUUCUGCAGUACAAGAGUUAAUCACACAUGAUCGUCUACCUCCUGAUCCUAUUGGAUGUGGAUUUGCGCAUGUUAGUGAAGAAGCGAAAGAAAUUGCAGAGCUCAAUCGUAACGGGAUGAUUUCAGGAUUGUUAGGUGGUAAAACAGUAUCAAAUAUUCCACUUGUUGGCGUUGAAGCACCUUCACAUAAACGUGUGCAAUACGAAGCUAUUGAAUAUGCUACUCGUGGACAAGGUGAAGAAAUGAAAAACAUAAUUACACAAAAAGCCUACUAA